UCAAAGCACUUAGUUGCGUUUACGUGCAGUGCUUCCAGAUAUUGGCGGAAGAGCGUCGCUUUGCUGUAUCCUAUUUCAGUGGUUUGCGGGAAUCAUGUCAGAGAAAGGCGUAGAGAUCGAGGAAUCAAACGACACGAAGAAGCCUCUAUUUGGCUCGACUUCGAGCUCGGAAGAUUCGCCGCAGAUUGACGUAGAAGAAGAACAAACUCGUGACAAAUGGAGCAGCAAAGCCGAGUUUAUGUUGUCAUCUCUCGGUUACUGCGUCGGCUUUGGAAACGUCUGGAGGUUUCCUUAUUUGUGUUACAAAAACGGAGGAGCGACGUUCCUCAUCCCAUACUUCAUCAUGCUCAUCGUGAAUGGCAUCCCGCUGUUUUUCCUUGAGCUUGCUAUUGGCCAGUGGUUCAGCUCUGGGGUAAUCGGGGUAUGGAAGUCCAUUUGUCCUCUCCUCAAAGGAAUUGGUUACGCCAUUUGCAUGAUAUCAUACCUUUGCUGUAUCUACUACAUCGUCAUCCUCGCCUGGACCUUCUACUAUCUCUUCAUGUCUUUCCAAGCCGUCGUUCCGUGGAAGACGUGCGACAACCCGUGGAACACCAAGUUCUGCAGGGCGAAGCGUAGUGGAGACCUUCUCUUAAACUGUACAGAGUUGGAUCUUCCACAGAAUUGCACGGCGAAACCCACCUCGCCCAGUGGAGAGUUCUGGAGCAACAAUGUCCUGGAGAUGACAGAAGACAUCUCGGAUUUCGGAGAUAUGCGCUGGCCGUUAUUUGGCACAUUUAUCUUGUCCUGGAUCGUGGUCUACUUUUGUCUCUUUAAAGGAAUAAAAUCAUCUGGAAAGGUUGUAUAUUUCACGGCCACCUUCCCAUUCAUCGUCCUAUUCAUUUUGAUGAUCCGAGGAGCGACCCUUGAGGGAUCCCUUGAUGGGGUCAUUUAUUACCUCAACCCGGACUGGGAGAGACUUGCUGACCCACAGGUGUGGAUUUAUGCAGCCACUCAGAUCUACUGGUCUCUUGGAGUGGGGUUUGGUGCGCUUAUCACUUUUGGUAGCUACAACAAGUUUAACAACAAUGUCCACAAAGAUGCCCUGGUCAUCUCUAUAGCGAACUGCAGCACUUCGUUUUUCGCUGGGUUCGUGGUAUUCAGCGUGUUAGGCUUCAUGGCCUUUACCUUGGACACCACUGUUGCUAAGGUCGCCACCUCAGGGCCUGGACUGGCCUUUGUUGCGUACCCUGAAGCCAUCUCGCAGAUGCCUGUGUCCACUCUAUGGGCAGUGCUAUUCUUCUUCAUGCUGAUAACACUCGGACUCGACAGCCAGUUUGCGACCAUAGAAGCCGUGAUAACCGCCAUUGUGGACGAGUACCCCUGGGUUCGAGGCACAAAGUGGAGAAAGCCCGUCUUCGUGUUGAUCCUUUGCAUCUCGCUAUGCAUCCUGGGAAUGCCUUGCGUCUUUCAGGGAGGAAUGUGGAUAUUCAACUUGAUGGACUACCAAGUCGCCGGCCUCUCUCUGCUUAUUGUAGCAUUACUUGAGAUCAUCACUAUCGGCUGGAUAUAUGGAGUGGACAGGUUUUCGGACGACGUUGAGUACAUGACCGGACGUCGUCCGAUGAGGUGGUUCCGCAUCUGCUGGAAGUACGUCUCUCCUUUAUGCACCUUGGCUAUCAUUCUUGCCAAUUUGAUUCAAUGGAAAGGAGUCAAGUACAAUGGUAAACCCUACCCCGGGUGGGCGGAGCUCAUUGGCUGGAUGUUCAUGUUGUCAUCCGUUCUAAUGAUCCCCGCCUUUGCCAUCCACGAAAUCUACAAAAGAUCCGGCACGCUAAGAGAGCGCAUCACUUUCCUGCUAAAACCCGACGAGGAGGCGCUGUCCAAGAUAAUGCGUGACAACGGUAACAAGAGGGCACCAGUCGUCUAUCUCUGAGCCAUCUGCAAGGAAAUGAAUCAGCUUAAAAUUUAAUCCACGAUAAUUAUUUUAUAAUUAAUUUGUAAACGCAGACUACAUCUUUACCUAACAACGGUCAAAAUGUAAAUAUCUGAUGUGUGCAUGUUGGCACCUGAUAAUGGGGCGUCCUCCAUGUAAGGCUUAACAAUAGGCCUGCGAAACUUGUAUUGCUCGCAUAGAAGUACUCUGCUGGAGUUUUUGGUCAAUCGUAAAUUACAUCUAAACUGUUUUUUUUUUUUUAAGUAUUGUGGAACACCGAUAACACGAACUCGGAUACUGAUUUAAACUGCCCAUUUAUUCAAUUUGUUUGAGCUCCCUGAGAUAGUCAUUAUUUAGUUAGAUAAUUCUCAGUGGAGGAUCCAGGGGAGGGGCUAUGGGGGUCUAACCCCACCGCACUCCAUCCCCCUCCUUUUGACAUUAUUCCUAAUCAGCCGCAAACUCGAUAUAACCUUUGUACCUUGUUAGUGUUUGAGGGUCUUACACAAUUAGAUUUCCCGAGCUUAUUUCUUUUCAUUCAUGCUUGCUGGUGAUGAUUAUAGGGGUCUGACCGUGUGACUGAUUGUCUUUUUAGCUUGUUUUUUUUUUCCAGACCACUUGGGUUGCUCGAUUAAGAGGCUGUUUUUAGAGACUUUCGGUCCCAAAAAACUCAUCACGUGUAUAUCUAUGUACUAUUAUUUCAAAUGCAAUAUGUUCUGUUCCUUCUCAACGUUAUUUAUUUUUCUGUUUCAUACAGCAAAAAUGGAUCUUAUCAUUUUACCCAUACGUACAGUACGCAACAAAUGCUCUUGUUAACACGCCAAAUAAUUAAAGUAAAUCCUAUGGGAAAAAGGCUGUAAAACGUAAUACUUUUUACGUAUUUUCAUCCAAAAUACAGUACCACGCGUAAAACUACAAUUUUGUACGCCUUAAUCGUAUAAGCUCCCAAACAUAGCUUGAAUAAUAUACAACCUCUCAACGAAAGCUUGAAUAAAGUACACUUGUUAAAAA